UCGUUACUUGUGGUUUGGUAAAUUUGUCUCCCUUAGCCACGGUCCCACUGACGCUGAGUUUACAAAUUUUUUUUAACGUUUCGGUCGAAAAUCGCACGGGCAAAACAAAAAAAGCGAAGAUUAGUGAAAACCUGGACAAAAUGAUCCAGUUUACAAGUGUCUAAAUUAUUUUAAAUCGCGUGCGAUCCGGCCGAGUGGUGCCUCCGAGUGGGCUAGCGAGAUUUUAAUUCAGAACCACGACUUUCACUGUGCUGCCCAUUGGAAUUCCCGAACAUCCUGACUGACUGUCCAGUUAAUGUCAGUUUUUUUAGUGUGCGUGCAGUAACUGAAAAAAAAGAAGGAAAACUGGCGAAAACCAGCGAAAAACUGUCGUCGUUCUUCGUGAGCAUGGACGAGGAGGAGGAGGAGGUGACAGAUCUAAAGCUGCAAUUGUUCCACAAUACAGUACGCGAGCACAUUAUAUUCCUGCUACUAGUCAUCUUGCUGUACUUUAGCUCGUAUGUCGUUGUCUCACGUUUUCGGCGACGCGAUCGUGAUGAUCUGUAUUCGAACGACGAGGACGAGGUGCUGGUCUAUCGCAUAAGCUUUUGGCUCUGCACCUUUACCCUGGCUGUGGCUGAAGGUGCCGCCAUGCUACUGCCCGUGUCGAUAGCCAGCAACGAGGUGCUGCUACUCUAUCCCAACAGCUACUAUGUGAAGUGGCUCAACAGCUCCCUCAUACAGGGCCUUUGGAACCAUGUCUUUCUGUUCUCCAAUCUGUCAUUGUUCAUCUUCCUACCGUUCGUGUAUCUAUUCUCGGAAUCCACGGGAUUCGUGGGCCACAGGAAGGGCAUUCUGCCGCGCGUAUACGAGACCUUUACAGUAUUUAUGCUGAUGGCCGUCAUUGUCCUAGUACUAACUGCGGUCUUAAGCGCUGUAUUUGGCAUUGAAAAGUUUCAAUUCUUUUGGUUUCUAAAUUUGGGCAGUGUUCACCUGCCGUUCCUUUAUUCGUGUGUUUCGUUUCUGGGCGUGAUGCUUAUGCUGAUUUGCACCCCCUAUGGGUUUGUGCGUCUGUUUGGCGUUGUUAACAAUGUCCUGGUGCGACCCAUGCUCCUUCGCGACGUCAACGAAGAGUUCAGCGCCUUCUAUAUGGAGGAGGCGAGCGUCAAGCGAAAGCUGGCUCAUAUUGAGCUGCAAAAUGUGAGCAUCUCGGACACGGCCAACGGCGGUCGCUUGGGCAACGGAUUGGGUCUUGGGCUGACUCGAUCCUUCGCCCAUCAGCCGCUGUUGCAGCAGUCUCUGGCCCAUCUCUACCAACGCAAGCCAAUGGCCAGCGAUGCAGCCGAGCAGGAGCAUUUGCUUAACGAAAGACUGAGGGAACUGGACUCCGAGCGAAAGGAGUUGGACAAGUUGCGUAAAUCGAGCACCUUCCAGCGCACCUUCGUCUACCCAUUGGCAAUGCUAUUGCUGCUUUUCUGUACGGGAGUCACUAUUCUUCUCGUGGUUCAGAAUACGCUGGAGUUACUAAUAGGCAUUAAAGCGCUGCCUCUAAGCACGAGGCAAUUCACUCUGGGCAUUUCAUCGCUGUCGAAACUGGGACCUUUUGGCGCCGGUCUCGAGGUGUGUCUCAUCUUCUACCUAGGUGCCACUUCCGUGGUGGGCUUCUACAGCAUGCCCUUUAUGCGAAAUGUUCGCCCCAAGCGGCGCCAGACGUCGCUGCCGCAACUGAUGCUUAACUGUGGCUUCAUGCUGGUUCUGUCCUCGGCGCUGCCCCUUCUCAGCAGGAUUAUAGGCAUCACCAACUUUGACCUGCUGGGCGACUUCGGGGCCAUCGAGUGGCUGGGCAACUUCCAGAUUGUGCUGCUCUACAACCUGGUCUUUGGCACCACCACGGCUCUGUGCCUGGCCAACAAAUUCACGGCCACAGUGCGCCGAGAGCUGCGAGCGCGGUUAGUGGAGAACUAUGUGCUCUUUACUAACUACAUGAGCUUCAUCAACUGAUAUUGGCGCAAGCGACGCGACAAUGCGUCUCCGUACGCCAGUCAUCUGAUGAGACGCCUUGUCGAGUCGCCGCUGAAGAGCCUAAUUAGUUUCUACGCUAAUUAUAGUAAUCUUAGUCGUAAGCGCAGUCGCAAUACCACCGCUAGUCGCAAGGCAAACGAAAUGAACUGUUAAGGAGUAGGCGAGUAAUAGAAAACGGCCAGCUGGAACUAUAUAAUAUACCUUUACAUAUGUUA